UCAGUGAAUGAAAUCGAAAACGAAACUGGUAUUGAACGCGCAUUGUUUUGAAUAAUUAAAAAGCUAUAUAUAUUUCUUUUUUUAUUUAGUAUAAAAGUAUUGAAAAUGUCAACUGAACCUGAAGAUAUUCGUUUUAAUUACAUUCAAACAGUUUCUCAGCAAAUAUUAAACUAUGCUUUAAAGUGUUGGAAAGACAUUAUAUGGAAUGAAGACAUUCAAGCUAUUAUUAAAGACUAUUUGGAGGGAUCAGAAAUUCUAACUCUUUUUAUAUACUUGGAUCAAGACAAUUCUCUUAAAAUAACACUAAAAUUACCUCAAAAAUCACCCAUACCGGCAAAAAUAUGCUUCUUCUUAAAACGCAAUGUCAUUGUUUCUGAUACAGAUUACAAACGAGAGUUGUCAUUCGGUUGCAUUUAUGAUUAUCCUUUGCAAGAGUAUCAAUAUAUUUUCUCAAGAGUGCUUUCACCAAUAUUCUGUAAUGCAGUCAAUAAUGAAAAGUGGCCAGCUGAAACGUUUCAAGACAUGUAUGAACAUUUUGAAGAUUUUCAGAUGACAUUAUCAUAUCAUAUUGGUAUCUGUCAGGAGAGGACUAUUCUUUUAAUACCUGAAACCGCCAAAAUGAUAGAUUCCUACAACAUUGAUGAACUUUCUGAGCGCUCCACUUAUGAUUUGCAACUUCAAAAAACCCUGAUUUCUAUAACUGAAAUGUUAUCAAGCUGGUUUCUAAUUGUUCGACAAGUACUGGAGACUACAUCUGAAAGUGUUCUGAAGAAAAUAGAUCAAGGUCCUUUAACAGAAAUAUAUUUUUGGAAUGAAAGGGGGAAAAAUUUGGAAUUCAUAUUCUCUCAACUGAAUAAACCAAUUGUUAAAAAAAUGGUUCUUGCUCUUGAGAAAACAAAAAGUUGUCACUAUCCGAAGUUUAAGAUUCUUCUUCGUGAAGUGGCAGAAGGGUUAGAUGAAGCUAAAGAUAUCUCUGAAAGUUUUGAUCAUGUAACAGCAAAAGUAAAUGAGCUUGAAGAAAGCUCACUUCAAGAAUUAAAGUCUCUUUUACCUGAAACAAUGAAAUCAAUUACAUCAUCCUGGAUUGGUUCAAAAUAUUAUAACAGAGUUCCAAGCCGUGUUACAGUUUUAUUGAAAAAGUGCUGUAUUUUUAUCUCUGACAAAAUAAAUACAUUUUUGGAUGCCAAAACUCUUUUUAAAAUUGAUCGUCAGGAAGCUAAAGGAAAUCUCAAAUUAUCAAUUGAUGUGACUAAUGUUUUCCUGGAAGCUUAUGAGGAAUGCCGUGAAAAAUUUCGGGAUAUUUAUGAAAAUGAAUUGUACCCAUGGGAUUUUCCUGAUGAAAGAGUAUUUUCUCAAUUCAAAUUGUUUUUACUAAGAUUAGAUAAUAUUCAUGAUAUACUUCUCUCUGCAGAUGUUUAUUUUAACAUACCUCAUUACAAACUUGCAAGCAUUCAUCAUAAAACAUAUGACAGAAGGUUACUUGAACUAUACUCUGCAUUCUGUUCAUCAUAUGCAGUGUUUGAAAACUGUUCUUACAAUCCAUUGGAUAUUCAGUCUAUGGAUUUUACUAAAGAUUUUGAGCACUUUACUGGAAUAGUUCUUGAGCUAGAUCACAAGUUAGGCAUAAUCAUUGGUCAAGCAUGUCUUGAUUGUAUUCCCCCCGAAGAUGGAUUUAAGUUGAUAGAUUUGUUGCAAGGAUUAAUGAAACGUCCUGUUGUAGAAAUGGAAUUCAAAAAGUUGAUACCUUCUCACAUGGAGAAUAUUUAUGAAGAUUUAAUUGCUGCUCAGAAAAGCUACAGUGGUUUAGAAAGUAAAUUUAAUGAAUCAAGUGAGGUGUUUGUGUAUAAAAAUCUUCCAAAAAUUUCUGGUAUUCUGCAGUGGAGUAAUGAUCUAUUUAGUAAAAUAACUUUGUCUGUUCAAAUGCUGGAAAAGAAACAGGAAUAUUUUCCUACACCUGAAAUGUAUGACUUUGUUAUUAAGGCUUAUCUUGAACUACAGGAUCUACUUGAAGGACUUCGUCAAAAAGUAAUUUCUCAUUGGGAAGAGACCUUAAAUAUUUUGAAGGUGAAACUAAAUGAUGUUGUUUUUGUGAAAGAUGAUGCAGAUGUUACUCGUUUAAACUUUAAACCUGAGAUACAUGAAAUGACCAAAGAGAUAGAAUUUCUGAAACACAUUGAAAAAGCUAAUUUAAUGCCAGAUCACGAGUUUGAUUGGGUGACUAAAGAAUUUAAAUUGUCUCAAUCACUGUUAGCCAACUGUAUCUCAUGGUAUACUGAUUUGAAUGAAAAUUUACUUGAACAAGAGAAACAGUUAGUAAUUCAACAAUGGAGUGAAAUAAAAUCAUUUAUUGAAGAAGGUCUUUCUAUAAAUUGGACAAGAGUAGACAUUUUGAAAUUUGCUGAAAAUAUGUAUAAUGUAACUAAAAAAGUGUUUGAAAAUGUUCAUCUGUCUAAACUAAAUAUUAGUGAAGUAGAAAAAUUUAUUAGCACUUGGAACACUACUCCAAUGUUUACAAGGGCCAGCCCAGAUUCAUUGGUAGAUUUUGAGAUUUAUAUGAAUGAAGAAGUACGCAAUAAAAAAGAUUCUGCAAAGAAAUCAACUGAAAUGAUGCAAUCAGUAAUGGAAAAAAAUAAAAAUAUCUUUGAGGCUGAUGCACAUUCUACUGAGUGGAAUGAUUACAUCCACUACUUAGAUUCAAUAAUAGAAGAAGGUCUGAAAACUGUUGUGAAGUCUAGUUUACAGUAUCUGAAUGACAACACAGAUUCAUCUAAUCAAAAAUUGGCAUGUAACAAUUUAGUGCAUAAAUAUUUUUAA